AGAGGCAGAAGGCUCUAAGAAUAGAUCGGAGCGGAGUUAUCAUCUUUACUCGCUCUUUUAUUAUCAGCAAACCUCAAGAUUGCGUGCUAAUUUUACGAAAGUGUAGUACUAUUCAGAGCGUCAUUAUACAAUUUUGUCGCUUGUGCAUUCCUGUCGAAGUUUAAAUAGAAAUGGUGAUCGAUGUUGAGCAUAUCGAAAAUUCUUUCGUUUGGGAAACAUUUAAGGAUGGAAUGCCUUACCUGGGAACGUACAAAAAUGAAAAACCAGAUCGCGUAAAGAUGCACACGCAGCGCUUAGAUUUAGCGAAUUGGGUGAAGAUCGACCGCACGUACGCCUCACAGCAGUGCGAGAAGGAAAGAUUGUUGAGAACUAAACGAAAUGAGAUCUUCGUGACGAACAACGAUGAAUCAACUGUCCUUGCCAAGCAAGAACUCCUAGAACUACUUUCCGAUUAUUUGCCAAAGCGAUUUCCGGACAAGUUCGAGCGUCAAGAGCAAGGCAUUUACAACAAAAUGCUUGACGAAUUCGUAUCUCUACAUCCACAAGAAAAUGAUGACCCUCUCAUGAAGGCAUCGCGUCUCACUCAGGAAGACUGGUGCAUAAUGGAAUGGGACGAUAAAGAACAAGGAUACUGUCUUACUGCAGGCGUUGUCUUUUUCCCCAUGCGUUGGUCCCUUAAAGAAAAACACAACCUACCAAUGUUAAAAAUACAUAAGCCGGUCGACGGGUUCACGAAUCAUUUAGUUCCCAAAGUGUACGAUCUAUUUAAAUCAAUGUCAACCAAUGCACCAGUGCAUCGUGGAAAUUGGGCUGUCUUUCAUGAUCUUCACGGCGUUCUUGAUCUAUACACGCCGACUGGUCAUGAAGAACGCAACGAGGAUGCAGGUGUAUACCGUUAUCAAGGAGAGAAGACGGGCCACGACCUGAUGUUUAGAGCCGAGUACCAGACCUUACGAAAGUUGGAAAAAAGUUCGGCGAUCGUUUUUUCCAUUCGUACUUACCAAAUACAUCUUGAAGAUUUUAAGAAAUUUCCGCAGAAGGAAGCCGAAUGCCUGAUAAAAGCAAUCGAGAACUUACAUCCGAAUUUCAUUGAAUACAAAGCGCUGUCAUCUUGGAAAGAAGCCUCGCUGAAGUAUCUGCGUAAAAACGUACUUGGUCUUCGUGAUCUCGAAGAGAAGAAGUGGUAUUAUUUGGGAUUAACAGUAGGAAGUGUGGUAAUUUUGGCGACGGCUGUGGCCAUCGUUUGGAAAUUAAGGCGUGUGGGUCAAUGCUAGAAUAACCUAUAGAUACAUAUCUUUGCUUUCUGUCCAAUUCGUAUGGACAAUUGUAAGGUGGAAAUACGCCACACAGGCUGAGAUAGGUACAUGCAAAAUAGUUUGGUAGCACAAUUCUUAUAAUAUGUAAUAAUACUUCUUAUUUGUAAUAUAUUUAACACGAAGGUA